CUGCUCUCAUUGUUCCACACCAUCAAACAAAGAACAAGAGCUUAAACAUAAAACACAGUUUCAAUUUUCAGAGAGAAUCAAUCUAAAGAUGACUCCCAAGGCAUUACAAGUAGUGAUCUUUCUUGGUUUCUUGGCCACUUCAUGUCUCUCUCAAGCUCCAGCGCCGGCACCAACCACCACCGUUUCUCCACCGACGUCACUUCCUCCAAUGACAGCACAAACACCUUCUCCGGUUGCUUCACCGCCGGUUCCAGUUAACGAGCCAACUCCUGCUCCGACCACUUCUCCAACCACCGCUCCAACCACAUCUCCUGUUGCAUCUCCUCCUCAAAUCGAUGCUCCAGCUUCUGGUCCUUCCGCUGGAUUAACUCCCACUUCUGCUCCGGCUCCCGGACCAGACACCGUAGCUGAUGCGCCUGGAAGCGCCGCAUGGGCUAACCAAGCAUUCCUCAUGGGAACAUUUGUUGCCGGAGCAUUAUACGCUGUCAUUUUGGCUUAGAGAUCUUUUGAGUUCGGUGGAUGCCUUGUUCCUCUGCUUUUCGAUUACUGUUUUAUUAAUUACUUCUUUCGUUAUUAUCUGUGAUUUUUUAUUAUUAUUUGUAUAAUUCUUAUUGUCAUGAGUAUGGACAUAUAUAUAUAUAUCAUUAUUCAUUUUUAUAUAAACUAAAAGUAUUCUUUCAAA